UUAACUUUUAACACUUCCCACUGCUGUUUUUCCUUAAGCUUGUAUUUUCAUAGACAGAAUGACGUUCAUCACAGAGAACCUCAUUACAACUCUCAGGGACAGGGCGGGAUCUUGCAGACAGACUCUAAAAUCUGUCCUGCUUCAUCUGUGGGGUGUUUAUUCUGCACCUACACCUGCUGGCAGAGACAUCCUGACUCUACUGUCUCUCUGUUUCACCCUCGCCUUCAUCACCGGCGGCCUGCUUCAUCACUGGUUGUCGAAGACUCUGAAAUACAACCAUGUAGCGUCCAUUCAGACGGCCUGCAUCUACAGUGUGGCCAUGUUUCUAGUCUCGUUCCUGUGUCACCCUCUGCGCUGUGUGCUGACCAUGAUCCUGCCCACUGUCUGCACCAAACAGGGACGCAAACUCCUCAUCUCGGCCUCUGUCAUGAUCCUAGUUUUGAACGUCGUCCCUAACAUCACAGUGAACGUCGGGGCGGUGGCACAGAUCCUGAAGUGCACCGCUGAGGGUUUUACGAGGACUCUGUUAAACUCCUCUGAACCUCUGAAUAAAGCCAAGCGAGACCUCGUGGAGGAAACCAUCAAAGUGAAGAUGGAAGACUUGAGCUUUGUCACCAACUUGAGGAAGUUGGAUCAUUUCACACAUGUUGAUGUGUCAGAAGUUAAAACCAGGUUUACUAAGAUGAUUGGGCAGAUCGAGGUCAACUUCUCACAUGCCAGGAACCUGCUAAAAGAUUACAAACUGCUGUCAAACAGGAUCCUUGCUGCCAUUUUUGUUGCUUUACUAAUCUUUGAAUCUGCACGAUACUUGAAAUCUUACCUGACAUCAGUUCAGUUUGAUAACGGCUACGUGCCCAAAGAGCUCCUGCAAAAAGUGACUCGUGCUGGGAACAAAAAGAGGAAAACGUAUCCAACAAGCUGCAUAAUAACAAGUCAGGAAUGUACCUCCUGUUUCAUAGCACUGGUGGUGGUAACAUUAUAUUUCAUCGCAAUAGCAUUAAUAGUAGCUUUGGAUCAUGUUGUGUAUCAUGUAGUUCAGGUGAUUGUGCCGUGGUUGAUGGAUUUUCCACUGACAUCUGCCAGCAUAAGUGUCAAUUACAAGGUUCAGUGGUUCUCACCUGCUCUUUGUAUCAUCCCGCAAUCCUGUGUCACACGAGAGCUCACAAACUUCCACAGGGAUUACAAGUGGAGCUUCGACCCCGAGCCGUCGCUCUGUGACGCGACAACGUCGGCUCCGAACCAAGGGGUCACCCUCCUGCUGGGAUGUCUGUGGCUGAUGAGCUACUCGCUGGUGUUCCUCGAGGUUUACGCCAGGCGGCUGCGCAGGAAAAUCUCUGCAUCCUUUUUCAGAAAGCAGGAGGAGCAAAGAAUGGCUUACCUGAUGAAGAAAAUGCAAGUGAAGAUGGGUAAAAAAGAGCAAAAAGAGACUAUUUCUGUUGAGGUUGGCCACGGGUGAAUGUUCACUGUACAGUGCAGUGCUUGCUAGUCUCCAUAGGAUGAAGCCUGCUUACUUUUCCUCAAGCAUCACAUUUCUGUCUUUAGUGAAAGGUCGUCAAAUAUCGGCCCUGCUUUGUCACACUCCUCAGCGUCUCAUACCAGGUACCCUUUAGCGUCUAUGUCUGAAGAACAAAGCCUUCCUGCAGGACAGCUUUUCUAACACGUGGUUAAAGUUGUGAAACCGUUGCAGCUGUGAAACACCCACAGUUUUGCUUUAGUUUACAAAAACUACUUAACAGGUAUAAGAACAGAUCAGUUUAUGAAAAGCCCUUUAACAUAUGGUUAAUAUUGUGAAAUGGUCAGUUUGGUUAGAUUAACCAAGGCUACUUGGUCAGGUUCAGGAAAAGACUGUAGACAUCCCCUCUAAGGGGAUGUCUGAUAAUUCAGUGGAUGGGUUUGCAUUGGAAUAUUUGAAAGCUGGUGCAUCUCAUUUAGACGCUAAAGGGUACAUUGUGCGCCUGUAUGAGACACUGAUGUGUCGGUUUUGACAACCUGAGAAUGAAAAUGACUUCACUGUUGAAUGGAUUGCCAUGAAAUGUGGUGCAAACAUUCAAGGUGCAACUUUUAAUUGUCCAGUGAGAUCUCAACAUCUAAACACUUUGAUGAUCCUUUGACUUUUUCUCCGGCACAGAGGUCGACAUUAGUGGUUGUAUCUUUCAGGAAGUAAUGGAUGAGUUGCUGUCAAAUUUGGUGCAUGUUCCCCUCAGGAUAAAUUGUGAUGCCUUUAGUGAUAUCCAGCUCCAUCAGGUCAAAAUGAUUGUCCGAUACUUGCAAAACGAUUGACACUAAUCAGCAAACCCAAGUUAACAUCCAAAACUAAGAUGAUGAGCACAUUCACGAAUCUGAACAUGCAGAUGUUAGCAUUUAGCUCAAAGCGGUGAUGUGCCAAAUUGCACCCUCACAGAGCUGCCAGCAUGGCUGUAAACUCUUGUUUCUCUCAGGUUUUUGUCUGUCAGGGUUCUUAUGCUGAGUUUCUUUUUUUUUUUAGCAAAAUAUAAAG